AUGGCUCUGAAGAAUAAAUUUGGUUGCUUAUGGACCUUAGGUCUAUGUCUGGUAGCCACCAAAUCCAUGAAUGUGCCGUCUUAUACAGAUAAGAAAUUUAUACAGGAGACCGUGGACACUCACAACAAAUGGCGCGGCAAGGUGGACCCUCCAGCGGCCAACAUGAAAGAAAUGAGUUGGGAUAAGGGUUUAGCAAAACUGGCUAAAUCAUGGUCAAGCAAGUGCAAGUUUGCCCACAACCCCUGCUCUGGACAGCGAUAUGGAUGUUAUCAGGAUUUUGACUAUGUCGGAGAAAAUAUAUGGUUAGGUGGAUUAAAACAAUUUUCACCCAAAAGUGCUAUAGAUGAUUGGUUUAAUGAAUAUAAAUACUAUGAUUUUGAUAAUCUAACAUGCUCUCAAGUUUGUGGUCAUUAUACACAGGUAGUUUGGGCCAAUUCAUAUACAGUUGGCUGUGCAGUUACAAACUGCCCUAACCUCGGACCAACUUCAACUGCACUAUUUGUAUGUAACUAUGGGCCAGCAGGAAAUUAUGCAAACAGGCGCCCUUACACUAAAGGACAAAGUUGUUCACUGUGUUUAGAAGGGGAGAGAUGCAUAGAAAAUCUCUGCGUUACAGAAAUCUACAGUGGGAAAUUACCUCAGCUGACAACAUAUCAUCUUCUCAGCUUAUGUUUUAUACUUCAGAGAAUGCUUUAA